CGGGCUUCGCGCGCCGAGAUGUUAUCUUCAUACUCUUCAAUCACCGCUCCGCUUGCUGCUCAUUCUUCGUGAGCCCGCGCCGUCUAGACAGCUUCAGCGUUGUGGGCCGCUCGCUCACGAGACUCCAGCAACAUGAACUACUCCAAUAUGAUUGAGGAGAAGAACCUCAAGAAAACCUUCAUUAUAGCCACACUCUGCUCCACCCUCGUCGGCACCUUCACCUCGUCCAUGGGCCUCUACGAAGCAAUCGCCAAGAAGAGACAGCAACGCAAGAGAGACUCCGGACAGGAUGAAGAGAUCAAGAAGCUCAGAGAAAAGGUGGAGAAGGCAGAUAAGCGGGACGACCGGGAACGGGACGACAGCCGGCGGCGACGGCCCUCUCCCCGGGGCGGACCACGUGACGAAUUUUCCGAUUCGCUGGACCGAUCGGGCGCCAUGAUACAGCGGCAGUACGAGCAAGGCUACCAGCAGCUAGGGCGGAGGUUCGCAGUGGGAGACACCCUCACCGAAAAUCAACUCCAAGCCCAGAUCAUCUCCCUGCAGCAAACCGUCAUCCACAUCCUGCAAGACGCCCUCUACAACGAGCGCCCGCUGUCCCAAUCCGACCUCCAAAAGCUGAAGCUCGCCUCGCAAUCCGCCCGCGAAGGCUCCCUCGAGGCCCUCCGCGCGCAGCAACAACGCCUCGAAUCCCCCACCGCCUCGCCGGCCCCCCGCGCUCUCCCCCCGCCCCGGCGCGCCGCCACCCUCAUCGACGAGCCCGCCUCCGUCUUCUGCCGCUACAGCCUCGACCUGCAGUACAUCGCGCGCAAGCCCCUCUCCGCCGCCUUCGACGCCCGCGGCGACGGCCGCUGCCCGGACUGCCGCGCGCUCGUCCCCAUCGCGCCGGACGACUUCUGGAAGAUCGGCAAGCGGAGCCCGAUCCUGGUCCCGGACGGCGCGUUCGAGAAGGAGGUGCUCGAGGAGCGCGAGUUCCGCCUCGGCCAGCGCUUCAUCGUCAAGUGCCACACCGAGGACGGCGAGUUUGCGUGCGUGCUGUGCAACCGGUUCCGUGAUGUGGAUGUCGUGUGCGGCAGCGUGGAGACGCUUGUGAACCACGUGGGCCGCGCGCACGAGGUCGAGGAGUUUGAGAAGGAGGCGGAUUUGAGGGAGUUGUUGCUCCCGCCGCUGCCGCUGCCGGCUCCGCUACCGCCGGUGGUUAAGGAGCGCGAGAGGGAGCUGGUGGAGGUUAGGGGCGAGCGGAGGGCGCUGGAGUAUCGGUGAGAUGGGGGGCCGUGGAUAGCGGUGCGGACGGACGGGCUUCUACAUGGUGGGAUGGUUCACGAGUAACGACUAUAUAUCAUGGGUUCAUAGCAGGCGAUGGCGCUGGGAUGGGCAUAGCUCGGCUUCUUUUGUAGGUACAUAUACGAAUACCUCUUG